UACCAAAGGGAGGUGGAGAUUUACUAUCCCACCCAGUCAAAGUGUCUCACUGGUACUCUGACACACAGACACACUUGCAGAGACACACUCUCGCACACACACACACACACACACACACACACACUCAGACAUUCUGCAAACUCUCCACAGGAAACUCUGAGCCAUAAUGCGAAGGCACCUCAGAGCAGACGGGUGCAUUGCUCAAACCAAGUGGGAUACGCUGCGGCUUUGAUAGUGCGUUAAUUACUCAUGUGAUGUGAUACAGACGUCUGGGGGCUUCAGCCGAAAGUUUGCCUGACGGUUUCCAAGGGGGCCAGGCAGACAUUUUAGAAGCGCAGUGAUAUAUUGGGACAGUCUUUCAAUCAGUGAAAUCAAAGCGCCGAAUGUGUUCCAUAAUGGGCACCCCAGCUGUGCAUAUGUUGGUGCUAAUGGCCUGUAUGGCAGCCAGAGGAAUGUGCCAGAUAAACAGAGCUGAAGCAGAGGAGGUCCACUCCACCCUCCAGUAUCCGGGGUUCUACAGCACUGUCAUUCCCAGCACAGGGCCUGGCAUCCACCUGGGGGUCCCAGGGGCUGAGGCACAAGCUGUGGGAUCUGGAAAUGAAACUGUCAUGAAGAGGCCGGUACCACCUCCAAUGUGCUCUGUAAAUACCUCUAUUAAUAGCUAUUUUAAGUACAUCAACACCAUCAUUUCCAUCAUAGUGUUUGUCGUUGGCCUGGUCGGCAACGCCACCCUGCUGAGGAUUAUAUACCAGCACAAGUGCAUGAGGAACGGGCCAAAUGCCCUCAUUGCCAGUCUGGCACUGGGGGACCUUAUCUACAUAAUCAUUGAUAUACCCAUCAAUGUAUACAAGCUCCUGGCAGGACGCUGGCCUCUUGAGGAAACUGAUUUUGCCCUGUUUCUGUGUAAACUGGUGCCCUUCCUGCAGAAAGCCUCUGUGGGUAUCACCGUCCUUAACCUGUGUGCCCUCAGUGUGGACAGGUACAGAGCUGUGGCCUCCUGGAGCAGAGUUCAGGGAGUGGGCAUCCCUCUGUUUACAGUCGUGGAGAUUGUGUCUAUUUGGUUGCUGUCACUCGUCCUGGCAGUACCCGAGGCUAUCGGGUUCGACAUGGUCAGCUUCGACUACAGGAACAAAUCCAUACGCACCUGCAUGCUUAACCCCAAGAGUGACUUCAUGGUGUUCUAUAAGGAUGCAAAGGACUGGUGGAUGUUUGGCUUCUACUUUUGUGUACCACUGGCCUGCACCGCUGUGUUCUACACUCUGAUGACCUGCGAGAUGCUCAACCACAGGAAUGGCAGCCUUCGGAUAGCCCUCAGUGAACACCUCAAACAGAGACGGGAGGUGGCCAAAGCAGUCUUCUGCCUCGUCCUUAUCUUUGCCCUGUGCUGGUUCCCACUGCACCUCAGCAGGAUCCUGAAGAAGAUGGUUUACUACCAGGAUGAUAAGAUGCGCUGUGAGCUGCUCAAUUUCCUGUUGGUCAUGGAUUACUUUGGUCUCAACCUUGCAACAGUCAACUCCUGCAUAAACCCCAUUAUCCUCUACUUUGUCAGCAAGAAGUUUAAAAACUGCUUCAAGUCGUGUUUGUGCUGCUGGUGUUACUCUGAAAACCAGCUGAGCAGCAUAGGACCCAUGAACGGCACCAGUAUCCAGUGUAAGAGCCCCGAGCCCAACAAUCUCCACACUGAUCGCAGCAUCAGGAAAUACAGCGACUGAUCUUUCACCUGAGGAAUAUUUUCAAGCUCUUCCAAUUACCCAGCAGCUUUUAAAAUACAACAAAUGCACACCCCAACAAAAUAUGUACAUCAACAACUUUUUCAGACAAUAAAUGCACAUCCUUAGAACCACUGAAGCAACAAAUGAUCCUGGCAGGGAUGGAUUAGGAACUGGACAUAAAAGGAACAAACUAUGGAUGUGGCGCACAAUGCUUUGAAGUUGCCCGAGUCUCUCAGCAGGCUAAACUUCCUAAGACAAACUUUUUUUUGUAUUCCCACACCCACAAAAGUGACGCUGUAGCGUGAGAGAAGAAGGGGGAGAGCGGGAUGAGGAGGAGGACUCUUUAACAGGAUGCAGCUGAAGGAUGACUAUAAAUGACUCUCAAUCAGUAGCAGAGCGUGCUAUUCCUGUAAAGGGCAGCACUACUGGGAAGGAUGCACAAAGCUACAGGAAGGAAAAAGCAGACUGCUUGCUGUCAGAGGGAAUGAUAGGAGAAGAGUAUGUGCUGUCCCCAGGAGUUCGCUACUCAUUGACGGUGGAAAACAGGAAAGUAUGUUACCGAUUCGAACAACUUUCAAUUCGAACAAAUUCAUUUUCCAUAAAACAUGCACGUGGUUGCAGUGUAUUUUACUCACUCUCAUUAUUCAUUGAGCUACUUUGUGGUAUAAUUAGGACUUUUUGAAGUUAAUUUGCUUCCUACUGCUUAACAAAAAAAAAAAUUCUGAUUCAUCAGGUAAAGAGGGAAAAUGUCUCUGAACACAAAGAUACAUCCCUUCAUUUGAAAAAACAAUUAUGUUUCAUGUAAUCCUGAUCCACAGACUUCCAAACUUUUGGUUAGUAAUCCAAAAAUGAAAGAUUUCAGAACAGAAUCAAGACAAAUUACACUGGCACAAAAUCAAUUUUCAUAUCUCAUGUCAAGCAAACGUCAUAUAUAUUAUGAGGUAAUGCAUUAUGACAGAUCAACAGAAAUGGAUAGGAAUGAGCUCUUUUGUAAACACUGUGAAUUUUAACAGAUAUAAUCAACAAUAAUUGUGACUUUUAUGCUUGUAUAACCAAUGGACUAAAUAUAUAUGUAUAGUGUCCACUUUUAUAAAGUGUUAUAUUGCAGUAAUAAUAUGUAUUUUAUUCAGAUAACAUUACCUGCGUAAUGACAUAGGCAAAUGAGUUUUUAAUGAUGGUGUUAAACGCUCCAAAUAUUAAAGGAAUAGUUUGACAUUUUGGAAUAUACCCUUAUUGGCUUUCUUGCCAAGAGUUAGAUAAGAAGACUGAUAGUUCUAACAUGUCUGUACAAUUACAAAAAGACAGAGAUGGUUAGAUUAGUUUAGCAUAAACACUGGAAACGGUUGAAACAGCUGGCCUGGCUCUGCCUUGAGGGUGGCAAAAUCCACCUGUCAGCUCCUCUAAAGCUCACUAAUUAACUAGUUAUAUCUAGUUGGUUUAAUAAUUAUGAUGAAUUUGUGUUUUUUGCGGGUUAGCUACAGCCAGCAGCUAACAGGCUGUGCAAAUUAUAGUCAUCAGCUAACCGGCUGCUUGCUGCAGCUAACCGGCAGAAACCACAAGAGAUGUUACGUGUUUAGUGAGCUGCUAGCAGGUGAAUUUAGUUACCUUUUGACGGAGCCAAGCGAGCCGUUUCCUUGUCUUUCCAGUCUUCAUGCUAAGCUAAGCUAACCGGCUGCGGGCAGUAGCUGCAUAAUUUAACAGACAUAGAGUGGUAUCGACCUUCUCAUCUAACUCUUGCCAAUAAGGACAUUUCCCAAUACUAUUCAAACCAUUCUUUUUGUGUUGAAAUCAUAUUCAGCUACCAAAAACUAUACUGCCUUAUACUAUUUGAUAUGUGAAUACAUGUAAACCUGUGUGUGUGUGUGUGUGUGUGUGUGUGUGUGUGUGUGUGUGUGUGUGUUUGUGCUGUGUGUAUAAUUACCUGCACUUCUCUAGUUGGAGUGUUUUGCACACUUGCGUACAGAAGAACAGGCGAUAUCUGUACUGUUUUUAUUUUACCACUAUCCAUCGGCGCCAUUCAUAAUAAUCUUUAGAAAAUGGAAUUCAUAUAUGUUUGUUGUCAUAGAUGCUGCUGCUUAUAACAAUAAAUCAAUUUCCAUCUCUGCUGCAUAUAAGGAA